AUGAAUACAUCAAAAGUAUGUUUGUAUAAUUCAAGUUCUUGUUAUUUUAUUGAUAUUAAAAAUAAUUGUUUAUCGGAUGAUAUGGUAUUAGAUUUAAUUUUAAAAUAUGUUUUACCAACCUAUUAUGAAUGGAUGUGUAUUGUACUUUAUCUUAUUGUUUUUAUUGUUGGUACAGUUGGUAAUCUACUUGUGAUUAUUGUCAUACAACGUAAUCGAAGCAUGAGGACAGUUACUAAUAUGUUUAUUAUGAAUUUAGCUGCAGCUGAUCUUUUAGUUCUUCUAUUUUGUUUACCAGCUACAGUUAUUCAAGAUGUAACAAAAACAUGGUUUUUUGGUUUAAUUCUCUGCAAAUUUGUUAAUUAUAUACAGGUAUUUUUUUCGUUUCUUAUCAAUGUAUUUAUAUAA